UUUAGAUUUUGUGCAUACAGUCGAUAGAUCAAACUUCUCAAUGGCAACACUUUCGAUAGCGAUCAAUGAUCAUAACACCAAACUUGUGUAUCAUUACCUGGCCUCUUCAGUUUGUGACAUAAAUGUUCAGGAAUCCAGUAGUGAGAAUUCUUCCUUGACACUAUCAGACGGAACAAAUAUCUCGGGUUCAAGUUCGAUCAUUAAAUAUUUAACCGAGAAUUUUGGAAAAAAUUCUAUCGGUGCUAAGGAUCCUGGUGACGUUACUGAGGCUGGUUUGUCCACACAUCAACGCUUUGGAGUUCCUAAUUUGACGCGUUGGUUUGACUUCAUUCAGCACACUGCUACCGUAGAGUCAGGCCCUCGUUGUGAAUUAAAUAUUGUUGAAAUUGAUUUGAAUGCUCCCAAGAUCGUCAAGGCGAUUGAACCGAAGAGAACCAAAUCCGAUAAGCCGAGAGCUAGUGAUCAAGGCCCAAUAACCGAAUCUCCACCCUCAAAGCAGAAAGCCACAAAGAAGUCAGAUAAAAAAGAUCAAAAGAAGGAGUCUGGUGAUGUGGUUGAUACAAAUGCUGCCGGAUCUUUGUCGUCGGUUUCUCCACGCAUGCUCGAUUUACGGGUUGGGCAUAUCAUAAAAGCUGAGAAACAUCCUGACGCGGACUCCUUGUAUGUUGAGCAGAUCGAUGUUGGCGAGGCGGAUCCGAGGACAGUAGUUAGUGGAUUGGUUAAACAUAUUCCAAUAGAUCAAAUUCAAGAUCGUGAUGUGGUCCUGCUAUGCAACUUGAAACCAGCAGCAAUGCGUGGUAUCAAGUCAUUUGCGAUGGUGCUUGCGGCGACCUCGGCAGAGGGUAAAGUUGAACUCGUUGAACCACCAGAAGGUUCAAAACCAGGUGACCGAGUGUAUUUCGAGGGAUCGGUCAAUAAUUUUUGUUUCAAAUAUUCGCAAGGUUCCCCCGAGCCAUUAUUGAACCCCAAGAAGAAAAUUUGGGAGACCUUGCAACCGGGAUUAAUAACAACGACAGAAAAAGUGGCAUCCUGGGUCAAUCAAGAGACCAAAGGUGUUCAUUUGCUAAGAACCCAGAGUGGCCUUUGUACUGUGCCCAGUGUUGUGCACGCUACAAUAAAGUAG